AUGAGUGCUCAGAAGAAUUACGCUGUGGAGACUCCGGUCCACCUAUCAAAUUCCCUUUUCGACUCAAAGACGCUCCUGAUCACUGUGGCUACCCCGGAUUUGAUUUGUCCUGCAAUGGAGGCAACAAUACGGUGCUUGAGCUGCCAAUUUCAGUGA